AUGCCUGAACGAAAACGUUUUGGAGGAAAGAGGAAAGGAACAAACGCGGCGGCCUUGCCGGAUGUGCUUUCGUCGUUGCCCUCGCAAAAUGAGGACUUCAUUGGCACGGUUUUGUCGAAGAACGAUAAUAUUUUUUCUGAUUUAGCGUACGUAGAAAACGACGCUUGGUGGGGGUGGGCGUUCGCGCCCGGCGGGUUUGUGCUCGGACCUUCGAUUUUGUUCGCGCUGUACAUUCUCGGUACUUUGAUUUUUGACGCGGUCGCGAAGCAGAUGAAGACGAAGGAAGAGGAGGAUGAGUAG